CACAGAUUUGGGAGUUCGUUAUGAACAAUCAACCAAUGGCUUACUGAGCAAUAACAUCGAAGUUGUUGUUCAGUCUUCACGAAAUUACAGCGUUUCCGGUUUGGGAUUGUCUCAUUUCGAAGAAGGAACGGGCGGAAUGACCCGAAAACGCCAAAAAAAUGGAAAAAACCCACCAAUUAUGCCUGAAGAACACAACUAA